AUGGCACAGCACGCCGCCGCGGCCACCUCACCACCGCCGCCACAAGUCUACGCACUUCUACUCGACGUCUACCGCACCUGCGCCCGCCAAUUCCCAGACCGCCAACACCCGCUUCUUAAACCGCCCGCCAAGACCCUACUUUUCGCGCUCCAGGAUAAAGACGCUCCCGAGUGGUUCUGCAACGAACUCAACAACCUCCUAAACGCAAAGACUGCCACUCAACAAGAAGAAGUCCUCGAUCUUGAGUUCGGAGCCAAACCCAUGAGCCAGUCUAUGGCUAUGGGUGGACAGCCAAUGGGGAGGCCGCCGGACGGCCGCAUGGGCGAGGCCGUGCCCGGUGGCAUCGCUGUGGGGUGGGCCCCUGCAGUGGUGGCCACUGGUGCGGGCCCCUGGGAAAGUGGCCAACCGAUCAAUGACGACUCGGCCACAGGAUACGACUUGAACUUCGGUGGCGCUGACUCCGCACCUGGAACCAAUCCAGGCUUCGCCCUCGAAUCAGUCUCUAGCAUGGCGCCCACGUCAGGAAUACCGCCCUCUGGUCUUGUAAGCGGACCCAUGCUGAACCUACCCGGACAGACUCACUACCCCGGACAACCUGGCUUCCCUGGGCAAGCUCACUUCCCUGGCUUCCAUGGGCAACCCGGCUUCCUCAGCCAGCCCGGCUUCCCCGAACAACCGACCCUGUCCGGACAACCUGGCAUGUAUGGACAGUCUGGUGUGUCCGGACAACCUGGCUUGUCCGCUUUCCCUGAACCAAAUAGCUCCUCCGACCUUUCGAGAACGCCGGAGAGGGUUCCCGAGAGCAUUUCGGAGAAUAUUUCCGAGAACGCUGGAGAAAAGAUCCUGCCGUCUGCGGUGGCUGGGACCUUCAAGGUAAUGACAUGGGAAGACAAGAUGGGCAUUUUGAACGAUUUCGGUUGUCACCAAAACCUACAGGAGUUGGAGUCGGCGAUCCAGCAGGCAGGAAUGAACGGGACCCUGGUGCCGAGUGAAGAUGCUUACACUCUUCUCCGAGAAAUUACUUGGCUACAGAGCAUCCAGUUCUGGGAGGACUGGGAUCCAGCGCGAGCCUACCGGCUGGCGUGCCUUGCGAACCAAGUGGCUCUCGGAAUGGCGAGCGGUGGUCUCAGCGACCCACGACCAAGUGCUGGAGUACCAAGUGCUGGAGCACCAAGUGCUGGAGGACCAAGUGCUGGAGCACCAAGUGCUGGAGCACCAAGUGCUGGAGGGCCAGGUGCGGGAGUACUGAGUGCUGGAGGACAAGGGCCAGCGAUACUGGUGCCUGGCUUCGGCGGUAUGUCUCCGCAUGGAGAAGUGCGCAUAUUGCCGAAUCCGGAGUCGUUGGGGUACCAGUCGGCCG